CGUUGCACCGCCCCGGCCAGCAGAAAACAUGUUGGCGGUGCACUUUGACAAGCCCGGAGGCCCAGAAAACUUGUACCUGAAGGAGGUGGCCAAGCCCAGCCCUGGAGAGGGGGAAGUUCUUCUGCAGGUGGCUGCCAGCGCCUUGAAUCGUGCGGAUUUACUGCAGAGACAAGGCCGAUACUCCCCACCCCCAGGAGCCAGCAACAUUUUGGGACUCGAAGCCUCCGGACAUGUGGCAGAACUGGGGCCUGGCUGCCAGGGCUCCUGGAAGAUUGGGGAUACAGCCAUGGCUCUGCUGCCUGGCGGGGGCCAGGCUCAGUAUGUCACCGUACCCGAGGGGCUCCUCAUGCCUGUCCCCAAAGGCCUGAGCCUGGCCAAGGCAGCAUCGAUCCCAGAGGCCUGGCUCACGGCCUUCCAGCUGCUGCAUUUCGUAGGAAACGUUCAGGCGGGAGAUUCCGUGCUAAUCCAUGCAGGAUCAAGUGGUGUGGGCACCGCUGCCAUCCAGCUCACGAGGAUGGCAGGAGCUAUUCCUCUGGUCACAGCUGGCUCCCAGGAGAAGAUUCAAAUGGCUGAAAAGCUGGGAGCAGCUGCUGGGUUCAAUUACAAAGAAGAGGAUUUCUCCGAAGCAGCCCUAAAAUACACUAAAGGUGCUGGGGUCAACCUCAUUCUGGACUGCAUAGGUGGAUCCUACUGGGAGAAAAAUGUCAACUGCCUGGCUCUUGAUGGUCGCUGGGUUCUCUAUGGACUGAUGGGAGGAGCUGAGAUUAAUGGGCCUCUGUUUUCAAAGCUACUUUUUAAACGAGGAAGUCUCAUUACCAGUCUGCUUAGAAGUAGGGACAAAAAGUACAAACAAAUGCUGGUGAAGGCAUUCACGGAGCAAAUUCUGCCUCACUUCUCCAUGGAGGGCCACCAACGACUCCAACCAGUUGUGGACAGAAUUUACCCAAUGGCUGAAAUCCAAGAGGCUCAUGCCUACAUGGAAACCAACAAGAACAUGGGCAAGAUCGUCCUGGAACUGCCCCAGUGAAGGGACGCUAUAGGACAUGACCUCAGAUUUUGCAGAACAAGUUUGGAGGAGACAUUCCUCAGCAACCAACGCAGGAGAAUGGGUUGAGUCCAGGUCAGCCAGUGGCCUAGAUGGCCAAUCCUGGAGUCACAGUCUAACUUCUCAGGAAUCAGCAAAGGCCUGGGGCUGGUCCUCAGUGGUAGAGCAUGAGUCUUGCUUAAAGGUUUGAUUCUGUUACGGCAAUAAAUAAAUAAAUAAAUAAA